AUGAAUCCCGGUCCACCGUUGUCUUACGAGAGUCUGAAGACAGUUCUCCAGUAUAUGGAUCCGAAUUUGAGAAUUCGCCUCUUCAUAAACUGUCCUUCGAUCCGAUCAGCUGAAAAAGUAGUUCCUCUGAAGAUCAAGAAACUCGAGCUGAGUCAUCGAUGGAUUGCCAUUGACGAUACGAGGUAUACAGUCGGAAUUUAUAAAAAGUAUCCAGCGGGCAUGAGUCCUCCUCUUGCUGAAAAAGAAAACGGAUAUGGAGGAUUGGCCACCGAUUUAGAUCAACAUGGAUACGAAGACUGGCAGACUUCAUUUGAAGUGAGACCUGGAGACGUCGAUUUGAGGAGUUCUUAUAAAAGAUCGAGAGUUUAUGAGCAAAUCAAUGAAGUUGAAACAAAGGAAAAAGAAGAAGAACUGCCUGACUUACAAGAACGGCUGGAUUAUGUCGAGAGCCUUGGACCAAUCAUAAAUUCCAACUUGGAUGAAUCGUAUUCUCGGCGUAUGUUUAGAGAAAUCACUUCGUAUUUUGUGAUAGAUGAUAUCAGUGAAGAACUAAGUGGACACUACAGCACUCAACCGGAGUUUGAGCAUGCACGAGCUCAGGCUUAUGAAGAACUGAAGGACGAAGUCUUGAAUACGAAGGCAAUACUUCAACAGUGGUAUGCACGGAGAGACGGUCUUCCGGUGCCAUUCGAGAGCUAUAUUAUGUUAACCAUCUCCAAUCAUGAGACUAAAGAAAAUAAAAAGAUAGAAUUUGUCAACUACGAAAGGAAACUCCACAAAUCGCUCAACUACCUGAUGCACCGGAUCUUUGAGAAUAGACGUCAUCCAGUCGCCGUCAAGUUGUUGAUUACAAACGCAGAAAUCCUCCGUUUGACACCAGGACUUCGGAUGCAAAUUGAGGAAAUGGACAUAGAGAAGCAGAUCGUGCAUUCGCGGAGAUGGCGCCAUACAUCGAGGAUUCCAGCUACCCAUUGA